AUGGCAUCCAGAUCACGGACUGUAAUUGAGACUGUUAAUCCCGAGCCAGUAAUUCAAGCUACAACACAUCAGCCAUUUGCAGCAAAGCUUCAUGGCGCACUUAGAAUUAGAAACAUUAAGCUAGACCCAAAUAGAGGUUUGGAACCUACACGUAAAAAAUUGGCAACAAUUGAAUCCCAACGAAUUAUGUCGGUAUUUGAUGAUGCUAUAAAGCGAUUGAAAAACAUGGACAGAUUUAGAGUGUCUUUAGGGAUAGAUUUGGCAGAAAUGAUUAGACAUCAUUUCAGAAUUCAAGGAACUUAUCAAGAAAUAAGAAACCAAUUAGAUGUGCUGUUACAGAGCAGAGCUAAACAGAUUGAGGAGUUGGAGGCCAAAAAAAAUGCUAAUGUCAGGGCUGCUCUUGAACAGCUUGAAGAAACAAAUAAAAAACCUGUAUAUGAUUUCUUUUCUGACGAUAAUGAUUUUGACUUUGACGAUGAUGAUGAAGAAGAAGAAAAUGAAGAUGGAGAAAGAGAAGAAGAGGAUACAGCAGAUGGUGAAAAUGGAGAAGAAAUCAAAGAAACAGAAGAAAUAAAGCAUCCUGAUGAAGAGGAGAAGAAAAAAGGUGAAGUUAAUGAACCACCUCUCACAACUGAGUUGAACAGUCCUAAUGAAGAAAAUGGGGAGCCAAAUGAUACAGAUGAUCAACCACAAGGUACAAACGUCCAACCCUCACAAGAGAAUGUUGCUGAAAAUAUUAGCCAGAUGAUUAAAGAGGACACUGAGUCACAUGAAUCCCUAACUGACUAUGAACCUCGCAUUCAAGAGGUAAUGCGGAAUCUAGGCCUUGUUGCUCAACAAGUGAGCCACUCAUGCAAGAAUAUUCUGCGUCUUUUCACAUUAAAUCCAACAGCCAUGAGUAUAAUUGACAGUGAUGAAGAGGGAAUGCGUAAUGAGGGAGGUCAGAGUAUCAUACAGAACAUGAUGGAGCUUCGUGAUAUUCUGAUGCAGAAGCUACUCUCUACACCAGAAGAGGAACAGGAACAAGCUGCCUAUCUGGAAGAGAUAUCACGACGAGAGCGCCACAAUAAGGUUGUUAUUGAGAAACUUGAGAAAGAACUCAAAGAGGCAACAGAUGCCAGAGAUGAAGCGAUUCGCCAGAACAAUGAAGUUAUCAGGCGACUCCAGACUGACCUUCAUCAGAUUGAAAAAUUCUCAGAUGAGAGUCUGCGGCGUACAAGAGCCGAGGCUGAAAAACAAGAGACGUCCGAUUCCAAGAACAGUGAUCAACGAAUCCAGAAGCUCCAGUCUGAGAUUGAUGCACUCGAAACACAGCUCAAUGCUAUGAUUACUGAGCACAGGGAGGUUGAAGCAGAAUUAAGAGCUAAAAAGUACAAAGUUGAAAAUGAAGUUGAGAAUUGGAUUCAGAAAUAUGAUCAAGAUCUUGGAGAAAGACAGGAUGAAUAUGAAGAAAUUGAUAUCGUUUACACUGAAGAAAAGAAACAACUGAUGGAACUGGAGGAGAAGUUUGCUGCACUGGAAAAAGAAUAUCUGACCAUCAUGGAAGAGAGACGUGUUGCCAGAGAGAAAAAGGAGAUGGCACAGCGGGAGCUGAAUCGUCUGGUCAAGGCAGCUACUACCAUCCAAGCCUUCUGGAGAUCUUACAAAGUUCGCAAAGCCCUAAACAAGAAGAAAAAGAAAAAGAAGGGAGGUAAAAAGGGAAAAGGUAAGGGAAAGGGUAAAGGAAAAGGAAAAGGGAAAGGAAAAGGGGAAAAAUAA